GGACUUCCGUCGGGACCUGACUGUGAAAGGCGUGCUGCGUUCGAGGGAAGCCUGAACUCUCAGGAGUCGGUGACCUUUGAGGAUGUGGCUGUGAACUUCACCCUGGAAGAGUGGGCUUUGCUGGAUACUUCACAGAAGAGGCUCUACAGAGAUGUGAUACAGGAAACUUUCUGGAACCUGGCUGCUAUAGGAAAAAAUUGGGAGGACCAGAACAUUGAAGAUGAAAAUUCCAGGAGAAAUCUAAGGGAGGACACUGAGCAGGAACCGUAUGUGUAUGAGGAGUACGGAGAGAUGUUGGAUAAAUAUGAGGAACCUGGGAACGCCUUCCGUUUUCCCCAGUGGUUUCAUAUAUAUGAAAGGACUCCCGCUGGAGAGAAACCCUAUGAAAGUGAACCAGGUGAUAACUUUAGGUGUCUCAGUACUCUUCAAAACCAUGAAAAGAUUCUCUUUGGAGAGAAACAGCAUGAAUAUAAGCAAUGUGGAACACUCUUCAGAAGUCACAGUUAUGUAGGUAAGCCAUGUAGGAACACCUUCAUGAGUCUUGGGCACAAGCAGAGACCCACAAUAGCCCACACUGGAGAUAGACCUUAUAAGUUUCAGGUGCCUUGCAAGGCCUUUGACAGUUCCGGGUCGUUUCUCAUAUACGAAAGAAAUCACACUAGAGAGAAACACUAUGAAUGUAACCAAUGUGGGAAAACUUUCACUUUUUCUAGUUCUUUUCGAAGACAUGUACGAACUCACAGUGGAGAGAAACCCUACAUAUGUAAGCUAUGUGACAAAGCCUUCAGUUGUUCCAGGUCUCUUCAAAGACAUGAAGAAGCCCACAAUGGAAAGAAACGUUAUGUUUGUAAGCAGUGUGGGAAAACUUUUAGUUCUACUAGUUACAUUCGAAUACAUGAAAAAUCUCACACUGGAGAAAAACCUUAUGUGUGUAAGCAGUGUGGGAAACCCUACCACAUUCCCAGAUCUCUCAGAAAACAUGAAAUUACUCAUACCGGAGAGAAACCCUUUGUAUGUGGGCAAUGUGGGAAAGCCUUCCAUUGGUCCAAUUACCUUCGAGUGCAUGAAAGAGUUCAUACUGGAGAGAAACCCUAUAUAUGCAAGUAUUGUGGGAAAGCUUUUAGUUCUUCCAGUUACAUUAAAAUACACGAAAGGACGCACACUGGAGAGAAACCCUAUGUGUGUAAGCUGUGUGGGAAAUCCUACUGUGAUUCCCGUUCCCUCAGAAGACACGAAAGAAGUCACACUAGAAAGAAAUCCUCCAUACGAAAGGUGGGAAGGCCUCCAAUCAGUACAGUUCCCUUCACAAAUGUGAAAGAACUGGCCCUAGAGGGUAACCCUAAAUACAGAAAGGGAGAAGGCCUCGUUAACACUGGACCUUUCUAGGAACACAGGAAUGCACAGUGGAGAGAACCAUACAUUUGUAGUGCGAGGGAACAUGGCUAGUCCCUUGGUUCCACAUUGAUACAGAGCUACAGAAUAUAGGAGUGAUUACUGGAAUAAGAGAUACGCAGAAGUCUUCAGAUGCUCCCCACGUAAAAAGGUACCCUGUGUCAAAAUUCUGUGAGUAGAAUCAACUCAUGACCUUUACUAGUUGUAAAAAAAUAGUUUUAGUCCUGUGCAGCGUGCUCUUGUAUGUAGUGGAAUUUUGUAAAUGAGAGUAAUAUAAUGAGAUUGAUGCAAAUUAAUUUGUACAGUGCUCCAAGAAUUAUAUAACCUGAAGGAAAUGUACUAAAAAUUAUAUAUGUAUAGUGUUUAUCAGUGGCUCAUUCUUAAGGUAGAUCUCUGGACUGUGUAUAAGUUUUUAGGAUUAUUUUCUGAGACAGGAUCUUGCUGUUUCUCAGGCUAGCCUGGUAAUCCACCUGCUUCAGCCUUCGUAAGUAGCUGAAGUUAACAGAUGUGCUCCACUGUACCCUUUUUAAAAAUCUAAUUGUUCUCAGAAAUAAACAUUGAGGUGACAUAGUAACAUAAGUUUUGUUUAAGCAAUAUGGUAUAACUUUAAUGGGCAGUGUUCUUAGGCUUAAGUAUUAUGUUGUUUUUUUGAAUAAUUUUGUGGUUAAAUUGCCUAUCGAAACAUUAAUUUUUACAUUGUUGUGUUUUUUCUACUGGCCUAAUGUGGCUGGUUCUGAACUCUUGUGUGUGCGUGUGCAUGCAUGUGUUUCAACUUUGUAUUUUAUAAAUAGCCUU